AUGGUGUCCUCUCCGUCCGCUCCGUUGUCUCCUGAGUUCAAGGACAACAAGAAGGGUCUCGCGACAAACAUGGAGACUGACUAUGUCAUUGUCUUCCGCUUCGCAACCACGAGCAAGGGUGAAGCUGGAAAGAAGUUUGCUGAACUCGUCGAAAGACUCGCUAAAGUCGGACUGGCUACCGAAGUUCGCAAUGGUGACAACCACUCUCUGUUGAUCUUCGUCAAGGUUGCCAGCGAGGAGCAUGUCAAUGCCGAAGUGUACCGCUCAAGAGUCAAGGACUGGAUCCAUGGGGUCAGAGCAGCCGCACCAUCCAAGGAGACCCAAAAGGCCAUCGAAGACGAACCCCUUCACGAGGCCGAACGCUACCGUAUCAUCUACCGCAUGAUCACCAACCCCGAAGAAGAAGGUGGAGCUGGCAUUACUCCCAAGGAUGGAGAGUGGAAAAAUGUCGAGUCCAUCUUCGCCCUGCACGACCAUACCUACAACAAGGAGUGGAUUACGAGAUGGACCAAGAAAUACCUUUUGGAGCCCGAGGAUCUUGACGAGAUCAGGAACAGACUGGGCGAGAAGAUCGCAUUCUACUUUGCCUUUACCCAGUCUUAUUUCACCUUCCUCGUCUUCCCCGCCGCUUUCGGCGCGACUGCCUGGCUUCUCCUAGGCAGAUUCUCGCCCAUUUAUGCCAUUGUCAGCAGUUUGUGGUGUGUCAUCUUCGUUGAAUACUGGAAGCAUCAAGAAGUCGACCUUGGUGUGAGAUGGGGUGUCCGUGGAGUCUCCAAGAUUCAGACCAAGCGUAGACACUUUGAGCACGAGAAGGAGGGCACGGAUCCUGUUACUGGAGAGAAGAUGCUGGUCUUCCCUGCCACCAAGCGUCUCCAACGUCAGCUUCUCCAGGUCCCUUUUGCUAUUGCUGCAGCCACUGUUCUCGGUAGCUUGAUCGCUACUUGCUUUGGUAUCGAGAUCUUCAUCUCAGAGAUCUACAAUGGCCCCCUUAAGUCUGUUCUGGUCUUCCUCCCUACUAUCAUCUUGACCACUGUCAUGCCUGUCUUGAACGGCAUUCUCACCACUUUUGCCGAACGCCUGACCAAGUUUGAGAACUACGAGACUGAUGAUGCCUUCAAAUACGCCAUGACCCAGAAGAUCUUCGUCCUGAACUUCAUCACCUCAUACCUGCCCGUUUUCCUGACUGCCUUCGUCUACGUUCCUUUCGGCGCUGUUGUUGUCCCUUACCUUGAUGUCUUCAGUCUGACCGCGAGACCAUUUGCCGAAAACGAGAAGCAGCUGCAGGCACCCAAGGUUGGCUCUUUUGUCAUCAACCCUGAUCGUCUACGCAAGCAAAUCAUCUACUUCACCGUCACUGCUCAAAUCGUCAACCUCGGCAUGGAGGUCAUUGUACCUUACCUCAAGCGCCAAGGCUUCAGCAAGUACAAGGAGAUGCAGAGUGAGCGUGCAUCGAAGAAGGGUGGUGCUACUCCUUCUCCCACCGAGAGCGACCAGCCCGAUGAGGCCGCUUUCCUGACCCGCGUUCGUCGUGAAGCUGAGCUCGAUGUCUACGAUGUCACCUCCGAUCUGCGCGAGAUGGUCAUCCAAUUCGGCUACCUCGCACUCUUCAGCACAGUCUGGCCUCUGACUGCCGUCUCCUUCCUCGCAAACAACUGGCUCGAACUCCGCGCCGACGCCGUCAAGAUCUGCAUCGAGAUGCAACGUCCCACCCCCGAACGCGCCGACACUAUUGGUCCUUGGUUGGACUCCCUAUCUUUCCUCUCCUGGCUCGGCAGUAUCACCACUGCUGCCCUCGUCUACCUCUUCAGCAACGAUGGUCUCGGCCCUGACGGCACUCCCAAAGACAUCCGUGGCUGGGCCCUCCUCCUCACAAUCUUCUUCGCCGAACACGCCUUCCUCCUCGUCCGCUGGGCCGUCCAAAUCGGCAUUUCCAAGAUCGACUCUCCGGGACGUCAAAAGGAACGCCGUGAUCGCUACUUCACCCGCCAACAAUAUUUCUCCGAAUCUUUGGAGAAGAGCAAGCAGCUUCCUCAAGUCGGCAAGUUUGGCGAAAAGAUUACUAGAGAGAGUCUCGAGGAAGAGGCUAGACAAAGUAGUUUGAGGAGCUCGAGGUUGGAGGACAGAUUCUGGGCUCGCCAGAGGAAUUGGCAUGAGACCGCUCAGAUUGGUGCGGGGUUGAUUGACAGAGCCGCCCCGCCUCAGGAGGUCAAGAAGAUGCAGUAG